AACGCGUCGCCCUGGACACUGGUGGGGGGAGACGAGGGAGCCUGAUUUCCGGAGGACGUGACGUAUAGGGGAGGAAGGCCCGGACCCGUUAAAUUGGAACUGUCUUUAUUGGCGCUCUCUCUCUCUCUCAAGAUGUCAUCCCUUUCAGAAUAUGCCAUGCGAAUGGCUCGCCUGAGUGCUCGAAUAUUUGGAGAAGUGGCCAGCCCCACCGAUUCCAAGUCCAUGAAAGUAGUGAAGUUGUUUAGUGAACAGCCUUUGGCUAAAAGGAAGGAGACUUAUGACUGGUAUCCCCCUCACAACACCUAUUUUGCUCUCAUGAGGAAACUCCGUUUCUUUGGGCUUUACAGAGAUGAACAUCAAGAUUUUAAGGAAGAGCAAAGGCGACUCAAGAAGCUUCGUGGAAAAGGCAAACCAAAGAAAGGAGAAGGGAAAAGAUCAGCUGCAAAGAAAUAGCGUUGGACCAGUCUUUGGACCAAUCAGUGACUCAGAUGAGAAAGAAGUAGACAUGUUUAUUAUUUUUACACUCUCAAUAGUAAUACGGCUUCCCUAAAUUGAUAGUUAUUAGCCCAAGAAUCAUCCCUCUUACCUCAUCACUCAUCAUGCUGAAUUAGGAUUGGAUUCUUGAGUAUAUUUUUGUCCUUAAAUGUUAUUUUGGCCUUGAUAAUUAUGUGACUAUGUCAUCUAUUGUCUUCUCAAAGAAAUUAUUAAUAUUUAAGUAUUUACUAAUUUUCUAGCAAAAAAAAAAUCCUCACUAAAUUGGCA